UAAAGCGGCUCGCCUGGCCCCAAGCUAACCGACUUUAGUCAAUGGAGCUCCGGGCUGGCUAGUGGGAAUGCCUCCGGAGGUCCCAAAAUUACAGCAGCCUGGCAUACGAGAAAGGGGAAUAUUAAUGCAUUUCCACUAGCCGAAAAGUGUUUUUUUAUGCGCCGGGUUAAAGGAUAUUUCUUUUCGAGGAAGGCUCUCGAAACGCUUAGCCGCCAUAUGCUAACUAGCUCGGUGGUGUUGGCCUCGCUAGCCGGCUUGGUAAAUUUUCAUUUUUUUGCCUUUUGUUACUCGAAGGGCCACAGCGAAGUGUGACAUGGACUGGUUUAUAUUGAAUUACACAAUUAUCUAACGCUAAAGUGUUUUUUUUUUUUUUUUUUUUUUUUUUUGGUCGCUAACAACGGCCGCAUUGUCUCCUCCUCCCUCUCAUGUUCCAAAUGGAGGCCCACGUCUCGUGCCUUUUCCCCGAGAUCCUGGCCAUCAUCUUCAGCUACCUGGACGUGAAAGACAAGGGCCGGGUGGCCCAAGUGUGCGCGGCCUGGAGGGACGCGUCCUACCACAAGUCUGUGUGGCGGGGGGUGGAAGCCAAGCUGCACCUCCGCCGGGCCAACCCGUCCCUCUUCCCUAGCCUGCAGACCCGAGGUAUCAAAAAGGUCCAGAUCCUGAGCCUGAGACGCAGCCUGAGCUACGUGAUCCAAGGUAUGCCCCACAUCGAGAGCCUGAACCUGUGCGGCUGCUUCAACCUGACCGACAACGGGCUGGGUCACGCCUUCGUGCAGGACAUCCCGUCGCUGCGGGUGCUCAACCUCAGCCUUUGCAAGCAGAUCAGCGACUCCAGCCUGGGCCGCAUCGCCGAGUACCUGAAGAACUUGGAGGUUCUGGAGCUGGGCGGCUGCAGCAACAUCACCAACACGGGGCUCCUCCUGGUGGCCUGGGGUCUGCACCGGCUCAAGAGCCUCAACCUGCGCAGCUGCCGCCACGUGUCGGACGUGGGCAUCGGGCACCUGUCGGGCAUGACGCGCAGCGCCGCCGAGGGCUGCCUGGCGCUGGAGAAGCUCACCCUGCAGGACUGCCAGAAGCUCACCGACCUGUCGCUCAAGCACGUGGCCAAGGGUCUGGGCGGGCUCAAGGUGCUCAACCUGAGCUUCUGCGGCGGGAUCUCGGACGCCGGCAUGAUCCACGUGUCGCGCAUGAGCCGGCUGGGCAGCCUCAACCUGCGCUCGUGCGACAACAUCAGCGACACGGGCAUCAUGCACCUGGCCACGGGCUCGCUGCGCCUGUCGGGCCUGGACGUGUCCUUCUGCGACAAAGUCGGCGACCAGAGCCUGGCGUACGUGGCGCAGGGCCUCUACCGGCUCAAGUCGCUGUCGCUGUGCUCGUGCCACGUGAGUGACGACGGCAUCGACCGCAUGGUGAGGCAGAUGCACGAGCUCAAGACGCUCAACAUCGGGCAGUGCGUGCGCAUCACCGACAAGGGCCUGGAGCUCAUCGCCGACCACCUGACGCAGCUGAUGGGCAUCGACCUGUACGGCUGCACCAAGAUCACCAAGAGGGGCCUGGAGAGGAUCACGCAGCUGCCCUGCCUCAAGGUGCUCAAUCUGGGCUUGUGGCAGAUGACGGACAGCGAGCGCGUCAGGUGAAAGGAACCUCCCGGGGAUGCCGAGCGAACUUUGGCGCAGCUCGGAGAUUCUCCCGUUGCUCGCGUGGCUUUUCUCCGCCUACUCCGGCGCCCUCCCGCAUUCCAAAAACAUGUUAGGCUCAUCGAAGGCUCUAAAUUGUCCAGCGGUGUGAAUUUGAGUGGCUGUUUGUCGCCCGGGUUAGUCAGAAUAAGCGCUGCACAAAAUGGAGAGCGAUGUUUUUAUUUUCAGCAGCACGGUUGGAAAUCGGUUAGAUCGUCUGCCACGCAGUCAAAGGUUCAGGGUUUGAAUCUCAACUAUGGCCUUCCCAUGUAGAGUUUACAGGUUCUCCCUGUGCUUGCGUGGGUUUUCUUCCCAAAGGUGCAUAUCAACUUUGAAGACUCGAAAACGUCUCAGAAUGCGAGUGUCAGCGGUCGUUUGUACGCUGGGAUAGGCUUCAGCAGAUGGCAAGCCUUCUUUAACAGUGAACAGCUUUGCUAGUUGUGUGUUGCAAAUAUCGAAUUCAGUUUUGCCUCUCCCCAAAAAAUAUUUCUAAUGUCCGUAACUUCAUUCUUCCUAUCCACAAUUAUCAUUUUUGGAAGCUGCAACGUCAUUUCUUAAGACGUUCGCGAUUCAUGUGUACGGCGUUUGUCGUCACAGUUAUCUCAAAUUCAUUUGCGGAUAUCUGACGCUAGUUUGAGAUAUCUACAAUUUGAUUCUUUUAAUUCCGGUUCAAGAUAUCUGUCAUGCACCUUCAUUCAAGAUAUCUACACGUCCCCUUUCAGAUAUCUUAAGUCAUUUUAAGUAGGCGAAAUGAAGUUGUAGAUAUCUGUGACUGGAAUUAUGACGAGUCAGAAUCAAAUUGUAGAUAUCUCAAACCGCAAUCGACAAUACGCUUCAACUACUCACAAUCACAUUACAGAGCUCUUUAAUUCCAAUUUUGCAAAAUGUAAUUACUAGGACUGGUCAGAAAGACUUUGUUGAUAUCAACUACCGUAAUUUCUCGUGUAUAAUACGCACCCCCAAAGUUGACCUCCAAAUUCUGGAAAACCCUUCUAACUGUGUAUAAUGCAUUUUUACAAUGCAUGAUUUUGCUUCUACCCAUAUGAUCAAAACAAAGUAUUUUUUCAAAGAAUUAUUCUGAAGUUAAGCACUUUAUUUGAACAUUUUUUUAUUUACUUGCUCUUAUUUUGAACUUCACAGCCUUACUUUUAUUUAGUAAAUGAGAAAACACACAGCUGUGCUCAUAUGCUUGAUUACCCAGGCCGAAUUUGUAAGAUGGGUACAAUUCUUUAAAGAAAACAUGAAGGGCUAGGCAAAACACAUUUAAUUUUAUUUUAAUUGGAUUCAAAUUAAACUGUCAAGCAUUUCAGAAAAGCAUUAUCAUUAAACAAAACAUAACCAUGAAGAAAUGAAUGAUGGUUGUUGUUCAGUCAUAUAAAAAAAAAUAAAAAAUUCACAAAUUCUGCCAGGGUAUGUAAACUUAUGAGCACAACUGUACAUACAGUAUAUGCCGUCAUACAUGCAUACCCCCUGUCAUAUUGGAAUGAAAGUGUACACAUUUCUCAUAACCGCUAGAUGGGGGCAUACAUUUAUAAAAUGUGAAAGUUUUUUUUUCCUUUUUCCAUUUCCCCCUAUACCUGUGUAUAAUGCGCACUAUUGACUUUUGACAUUUUGGGGGGGGGGAUGCACAUUAUACACAAGAAAUUACGGUAUGUUAAAUGUGGAUAGUCAAAUUGACCUUUUUAAACGUGAAGAAGGCUUGCCAUGCCAGCUUCCCCAUGAUCCUGAACUGUAAACGCAGCAAGGAAAAUAGAUUGGGCAGCACGAUUCGCUAGUGGUUAUAGCAGGUCUGCCUCGCAGUCAAAUGUUCAGGGUUCGAUUCCCACCUCUUGCCUUCCGGUGUGGAGUUUGCAUGUCCUCCAUGUGCUUGUGUGGGUUUUCUGCAGGUACUCCGGCUUCCUCCCACAUUCCAAAAACUUGCAUAUUCGCUUCACUGAAGCCUCAAAAUUGUGCUGAGGUGAGAACCUGAAUGCCCGUUUGUCUAUCUGCCCUGCGAUUGGCUGGCAACCAGCCCAGGGUGUACCCACCUCUCGCCCAAAAUCUGCCAGAGCGACUUUGUGUGUAUAGUUGUUUAGCUACCUCUCCCACACACACAGCAGUGCCUACAGCGCAAUACACCAGAAAUGACAUUGCAUAUUUUUGCAACUCCAGCACUAAUUCUGCUUUUUGUACAAACUAAAAAAAAUAAAAUCAUGGUAAUAAUAUUAUUAAUAAUAAUAAUAAUAGGUAGGCAUUUUCAUUCUUAAGGCUGGCGUAGCUGCUGGAAUUUUUACUCCUUUUCUGGCUGAUGUAUUUUUUUAACAAGCAAUAUUUUUGGGUAUGGAAUAUUUUUGUACUUCAAAUUGAAGUUGUUUUCACAUUAACGUGUACAAGGCGACGACGACACGCAAAAAGAAAAAAAAAUUACCGUUCCACAGUACUAUGGCCUUGUGAUUGACAGCUGCAAAGGCUUUAUGCAACAAAGAAACAAAAACAACAAAAAAACUGUUCACCAGUUGAUUUUUCUCAAGAGCUUGAAUCUCAAUAGUAUUUGUUUUUAAAUUAAAAAAACAUAACAGUAAUUUAAGAUGUUUUAUAUUCAUACUGUAGUGAUAUUUAUGAAUAAA